AUGAGUGCAUCCAAAUGUCGGAAGAGUAGUGAAGUGAGAAUUGAACCCUCUCUUAACAAGAGCGAGCAGGAGUUUGUAGCCAGAAGGAGAAUCUCUGUUCUGCAAAGCCUACAGAAGCUUUCCACACCAUGCAAUCAGGAAAAUGUGCCAAACAUUGCAUUACUGGGUUCUGGAGGAGGACAAAGAGCCAUGGUGGGAUUGCUGGGAUGCCUGGAUCAGCUUGAUAAAGCAGGUCUUCUGGACUGUGUGCUUUAUCUGAGCGGAGUCUCUGGAUCCACCUGGUGCAUGGCCGCCUUAUAUCAGGAACCAGACUGGUCCACUAAACUACAGACGGUCAAAGACAGAAUCUUCAGCAGAAUCAGCGGUCCUGCAGUCAGCUUGAAAGACAAAUUUGCAAAACUGAAGAAAUAUUUCAAAGGGAAAGACCACUUCAGCUUGACUGACGUCUGGGCAGUGCUGGCCGUCACAACAUUUGUGAAAGAGAUUGAUGAACACACACUCACAGAUCAGCACGGCCACAACAAUAAAGACCCAUUUCCCAUCUACACAGUGAUUGACAAGACCUGCAAACAGCGCAAUAACGGAGAUCCCUGGUUCGAGAUCACUCCAUAUGAGGCAGGUUAUUCCCUCAGUGGAGCGUUUGUAAAUGCCUCCACCUUUGGCAGUCAGUUUCAUCAAGGCUCUAGGAAAAGUCAGCAGAAUGAAUUUGACAUGCUGUACCUGCAAGCUCUGUGUGGCAGUGCUUUGGCUGAUGAAUUGGAGAUUAUGAAAAUGCUCUGGCAAAAGAUAAAAGAGCUCUUCCAACAAAAAGAUUUAGUACUUGAGGAAUAUAAAAAAGAUCAGCAAGAAAGGUCACAGGAAGCAAAGGGAAAAGAGAAAGAAUCUGCAUUGGGAAUCAACCUUCAGGGGGGAUUUAAAGUCAAGCUGCCAGAAAUCAAUGUGUUUCCUUUCAAAGAUUCAAACUCGGCAUCUGUAGACAAGUGCUAUCAGAUGCUCAUGAAUCUUGUGGAUAUGAAUCUCGCUGUUUUGAACGGCAAAGAUCCUUCAGCUCUCGAUGAAUCCAUCAGAGCAAAGCUGAACGAUCUCUCUGGAGGACAAAGUCAGCGGAUUUUGGACAAGCUGAGACCUGCUGAUAAAACAUUGUGUAUGAAGAAUUACACGAAGGAACUCUGCAACUUUCUGACGGAUCAGUUCAAUUUAUGGCCAUUUGAUGCUUGGAUGUACAUCUGUACAUGUAUGGAUCUGUGGAUCUGGGGCAGGAAUUAUAACUUUCUCCAUGACAUUACAGAUGAAGCGGUGCCUUCCACCUUACCUAAAGGUGAUACGAGAGACUACAUAGAUGCGGGGCUGUUGCUGAACUCACCCUACUUCUCUGUGCUGAGAAAAGAAAGAAACGUUGACCUCAUUAUUUCCCUGGAUUUCAGUGAAGGCGAUCCUUUCCUGACGGUGAAAGAUGCUGCAGAGAUGUGCAGGAAGCAAAACAUCCCUUUCCCACAAGUCAGAAUUCCUGAUCAAGACAUCGAGAAACCCAAGGACUUCUAUGUGUUUAAAGGCCAAAACACUCCAACCGUGAUUCACAUCCCUCUCUUUAAUGUGGUCAACUGUGGAGGCAAGUUAAGAUCGUCUAGCUCAGGGUUUUCUGCACGUUUAUUAUUAUUUAUUUGUUGCCACAUCAUCAACUUAGGGCGAUUUCAUGGCAAGAUGGAUAUACACAAAAAUAUUACAUGA